AGCUGCAACAGGAAAACCGCUGAGAACACAUUCCAGCCUGAGCCGAGCCAGAGCGGAACAAUGAGGGGUGGGACGAGCAGCCUUUACUAUUUAAAAAAUCUCUAAUCUCGCCUUUUAAUCAGAAACACAGACGAGAACCGCCUUGGUCGCUGACGCUGCUGGUGAAGCGGAAGGUGGCUGGUUCGAAUCCGGCGACGAGACGUGCGUGUUUUUGGUUUAUCAGCGCAGAUUUGGAGCCAGAUGAGUUCAGUUUCAGCUCUGGACUCAGCCAGCCGCCAGGGCGUCAUUCUCAUAUAGAUCCAAACACAUUUAUGAAAGAAGUCACCUGUUGAGCGAUCUGCGGGUUUUCAAACCAAAAGAAGAGCUGCGGACUUUUUUUUCUCUCCAAAAGGCGCAAUGAGGCGUCAGAGGAUGUGAGAUCUCACCGGAUAAAACAUCUGCGGUUCAGCACAAACCUUCUGUCAGCUCUUCCUCAAUGAAACCAGCUUUACUUUGAACUUUUUCUUUUGCCUGUUGAGGAAAACUUCAGGUUAUCUGACAUGGGAGACGUGCAGCGUUUGCGUCAGACCAGUUAAAGGCAACAGAAAUGGGACGCUCUGCUCUGCUUACAGCUGUGCUAGCAGGAGUUUUUCUCUGGAGUUCUGCUUUUAAUGCAGAUAACCGUGACCACGACAAGGAAGAGAAGCUGCUGUGCACCUGUGAGAACAACAAAGGCACGUGUGUCAAUGGAACCUGCAGAGGGGACUACUGCUUCUAUUCCUGGACGCAGGGCAGAGAAGAGAGGGGAUGUUUCUCCAAGGAGUACUACAACGAGCAGUGCAAAGCCUCCAUAAGUUCUCUCUUAAUCGUCCGCUGCUGCACAGAGAACGAGUGCAACGCCUUGUUUACGCCACCUCCAAAUGAAGAACCAACAACAACAACACCACCUCCAGAAUCCCCUCAUCCGAUGCUGUGGAUCAGUGUGCUGCUCUUACUCACGACUCUGAGUGUGUGUGGCUUUGUGCUGGUCCUGCGUUUUCGACGUGCACCCUGCAAACCGAAGGACCCCGAAGGCCACAGCGCCAUGAUUAAAGUCCCCAGUGGAGAGGACCCCACAUAUGGCGACAUUUUUGAUGAAUUUUGCACAUCAGGGAGUGGAACAGGACUUCCAUAUCUAGUCCAAAGGACCAUGGCUCGACAAAUCUGUCUUGCAGAGUGUGUUGGUAAAGGCAGGUAUGGGGAGGUGUGGAGGGGAACGUGGAUGGGAGAGAGUGUCGCAGUCAAGAUCUUCUCCUCUAGGGAUGAGCAGUCUUGGUUCAGAGAGACCGAGAUCUACAAUACCGUACAGCUGCGGCAUGAAAACAUCCUGGGUUUUAUAGCCUCUGACAUGACAUCCAAGAACUCCAGCACCCAGUUGUGGCUCAUCACUCACUUUCACGAGCUGGGUUCCCUCUACGAUUUCCUGCAGUACAGCUGCCUGGAGCCAGAGGGCUGCCUGAGGAUGUGCCUGUCGAUAGCCUGCGGCCUGGUCCACCUCCACACGGAGAUCGUCAGCGCCCAGGAAAAGCCAGCCAUCGCCCACCGAGACCUAAAAAGCAGAAACAUCCUGGUGAAGCGGAACGGACAGUGCUGCAUCGCUGAUCUAGGUUUGGCUGUGAUCCACUCUCAGUCUCACGACUACCUGGAUGUGGGCAACAACCCUCGCGUUGGGACAAAACGCUACAUGGCCCCCGAAGUGCUAGACGAGACAAUUCGUGUGGAUGUUUUUGAGUCCUAUAAGCAAACUGACAUCUGGGCUCUUGGUCUGGUCUUCUGGGAAAUAACCCGCAGAACGACUGUCAAUGGGAUUGUGGAAGAGUACCGCCCUCCUUUCUUUGACCUGGUGCCCUCAGAUCCCAGCUUUGAGGAGAUGAAGAAAGUGGUGUGUGUGGACCAGCAGAGACCCAGUCUGCACAACCGACUCCACUCCCACCCAAUCCUAUCAACCAUUGUCAAAAUCAUGAAGGAGUGCUGGUACCAGAACCCAACAGCCCGCCUCACAGCCUUGCGGGUGAAAAAGACUCUUUCCAAACUGGACGGUGAAAGUGACUUCAGUAUAGAUAAGCUUAAGCGGGACAUUUAGACCAGAGCACCAGGACGAAACACAGAAAACACCCAACACCAGUUAAAUACCAUGACUAUAUUUGGACUUCCACUCAUAAAGGAAGUUUUUCUCCAAAUAUAGGACUUUACUCAUUGUUGCCCAACACCCCCAUCAUCGUCUGGCAGGAUGGAAAAUCUAUCAUUGCACCGUUAUUCAUACUCUUCUUUAAGUGCAGGUUUAAUUUGCUGUGUGGAUUUUCCACAAUGACUAAUACCACAAAGAGAAAGAAGAUGUGGUUAAUUUCAUUUUACACAACAGGAAAUGCAUAAAGAAACAUAUGCCCACAGCAAAAUCUAUUAUGUAUACUGUUAGCACAUUAACCAAAGUAAAAUGAGCUGUAAGUACCUGUUGCACAAACAAAAUUAAGUAUUUAGUUGUACAUAUUCAAACAGCACUGAAUUUGUAUGUAUUGUUAUCAAUUAAUAUAAAUGUUACUGUAAAUACAUUUCAGAAGGGGUAAUAUUAUCUAAUAUUCAUCCAGGAGGCACGUUUAGCAGACUUUUUGUAUCACAUCAUGCAUGUUGAAAUUAUUUUUUAUGCUGAGAUCCUAAAUGUACCAUCAGUCACCAAAAAACAGCACAUCAUGUAAUGGCAUAUUAUGUAUAUCCUAAAUAAAGGUUUGUAUUUUUCAAA